GGGCGCACCAGAAGCGCACCAGCAAACGGGCUCCGCAGAUGGACUGGAGCAAGAAAAACGAACUGUUCAGCAACCUGUGAAUCCGCCCCGGGGGGGACAUGGCUCCCCCCAUCCCCUUCGUCCCCACCACCGUGAUGGGGAGGACGGGGCUCGGGGUUGGUGAGCAUCCCUGCUGAGGAUGGUGAUGGUGCCCUGGGUGCUCCUCCGGCCCUGGCGUGAGGCUUUGUGCGCCCGGCUAUGUGCAGAGCUUUGGGGAGGUUUGGUGACUCGGAGUGGCCGGGUUUGAUGCCCAAUGCUUCUCAUCCCCUCUGCCAGCUCUCCUCCUCCCAUCCCAAAACCCACCUCUGUUUCAGCCCCCCCAGAUAACCUCCCUUUCUUGAGGCUCUUGGUGACUUUCACCAAGCCCUGUGCCACAGCAAUUCCUCCUGGGGUUGGCACUCUUGACCUUGCAGUGUCCGUCCACGAUGACGCCAUCCCUUCAUUCCUGUGCCCCCAGAGCUGCCCUCGGAGGCACUUGGGCAUCCCACAGCCCCCGCCCCAGGGUUGUUUUGGGAGAGGAGAGGUGUCUGGAGCCAGCACAGCAAGCAAUAAUCACCCCCUGUGCUGCUGCUUGCUCCCGGAGACAGAGCUGAUCAGGGUUUGCAUCCUACCCUGCUUAGUUUAAAGGGUCCCCAAUAGACUGUCUUCUUUCUCCAAAAUGAGAGGUUUUCCAAUCACUCGGUUUAUUUUUUUUUAAAUGUAUUUUGUGGAAAAUUCCUGUGGAUGUUUUGUUUCUGUGUUUUGCAAUCAGGUGUUGUAUUGUCAAGCUGAAGAGAAAUUCUGUUUACUGGAAUAAAUCUUCCUGACUUCACGUGUCCAGCUGGAGGCCAAAUCCUUGCGGAGCCGUGGAUCCCAGGGCGCGGUGCCAGGGGGGACCUGAGGGCAGGGGCUGCAGACAGGGCACCAUCCCUCGUGAAGGUGGCUGUGCACGCUGGGUCCUGUCUGUGGGCAGACACCUUAGAGUCUGAGUUUGUUUGAAUGUCCCCCUGGAGGAGUUAAGCCAUGGUGAGCUGACACGGUGUCCGGUUUGGUGCUGGGAUGGAGUAAUGGAGAAGGCUGGGCUGGUCCCUGCGUGAGUUAAUGCCUUGGGACGAUUAAAGGGCUUUAAUCCCACAGAGGGGGGGCAGUUCCAGGCUUCUGUGUGCCUGCUCUAAUCUGCCCAUCCGUAGGGAUGUGGCUGCUGACUGGGCUGGAGGGAGGCAGCAUUGCUGGGGGUAGCCCCAACCCUAAAGUGCUCCACUGGGACGUGGGGUGAGCCUGAGUGCUGGGCAGCAGGCUGGAGGAGGGCAGGGCACUGCCUGUCCUGGGUGGGACCUCUGAGGGUUUUGCCAGCCCUGGGGCAGGGGCUGACCCCCUCUGUGGAGGAUGGAGCCUGCAGCUGAGGGCUGUGGGGCUGCCGUGCCGGUCCUGCUGGGCUCAUACAGCUAUUUUUAAGCUCUGUGUGCUGGGACAGCUUAUGCAGCUCUGCGCUAAGCCCUCCUGCUGCAGCAGGAGUGUGGGGGAAUGGAUCCUUCGCUGCAACCAGCAGCGUGGCUCACUUGGCAAUCCUGAGAGCUGCGGGUGUGGAUGUGUUGAGCCCCCCCUUUCCAAGGGGUACUCUGGGACAGACCUGAUGUUGUUUUGGGUUGCCAGGGUGAAGGCUUUUCCUGGCUGCCUGGGAGGCAGGGAGUGUCUUGGUGUUGCCUGGGCACCAGGGAUGCCAAGUGCAGUGCUCGCUGAUGCUGGAGCAACCACUGGGCUGGUGCAGCCGGAGCAGCACCCUGUGCCCCUGGGGCUGUGUGGGACUGUGGCCCUCCAAAGAAAGGCUUUCGUGUGAAACUGAGGAUGAGAAAACCCCUGACCUGCUCUGUUCCAGGUUGGGCUAGGCAAUGGGAAGACAAGGCUGGUCUCCUAUUCUGUCUCUUCCAGUCAUUGCUGCUGCUCUGGAGCUGGGUGAGGGCCAGAAAAGCAGCUUCCAGGUGGGGAUGGAUGUGAACCCAUAGGAGAUGUUUUCCUGGUGUGAUGAGGCAGGUGCAGAGGGAGCCUGGACAGCCCCAGCGUUGUGCUGGUAGGGCUGCAUGCUGGCAGCAGUGAGGAGCGACCAGGGUAGGCAAGCAGCUCAUCAGCAGGUCCUGGGACCAUCCCCAGACCCUACAGCAGUCACACAGGGGGUGGAGCUGCUGCACCUUUCCAGCAUCAGCACCCAUUCCCCACACACACCCAGAGAGGUCUUUGUCCUCCCAGCUCUUGAACAAAAUAGGCCUUAGCCCCCACCUGGCAUCAGGAACCUGCAGAAGUCAAAGUAGUACUGACCCUGCUCUCUGUUGGAGAUGAGGUCUUUUUCAGUCCUUCUUCCAGCCGUGGGGAACGGCUGUGACAGCACCCAGCCCUCCUACCUCACGCACAGCAGACACUGGCUUUUAGGAACAGAUAGCUCAGUUUCACCAUCCGUAUCCUACCAGAGGUGUGUGUCCCCUAUCACCCCAAGGUCUGUGUGUGUGCUUUGUGCUGGAGCAGCACGUGCUGUGUCAGUGACCACUUGGUUUGAAAGCCAGCAAUGCUGCAGCACCUUGGAAGCUGGUAGUGCAUGUGGUAGAUGCUGCAAACACUGUCCUGGGGGACAGAAUCCAUCCCUGCCUGCAGCAAGGGAUGAAGGGCAGGAGGAUUAAUAGACCUUAUAAUUUUAAUCUCAGCUGGAAGUGGAGCUGCUCUUUUCUCUAUCACUGCAGAAAGCUUUUGCUACAACAGAAUCAAUGUUAAAUACUACUUGUGGUUUAAAAUACCAUCAUACACGCUUGGUUCCUGCACUUGGUUUUAACAUUAGUCACAGGGAUGAUUUUAUUUAAACAAACUAAAACUGGAAAACUAAAACUCACAGGUCCUAAAAAUACUCAUAAAGUAACACUAAAAAUUCCAGAGUCUGCCAGAUAAAAGCUUUCAGAUUUGCACAGGGAUGUUAUUAUCUGAUAUUUUAUAAGUGAAACAAAUCACUUCUGGUCUGAAAUUAGCCCUUCUGGCUGCCCUUACAGUGGGAAAGCACCCAGGAGCAGCAGUUAUCCUCCUUUUUCUUUUAGCUUCCCUUCUGUGGAAAGCAUGCCGAGUGGGGCAGGAAAGGUCAGAUUAAAUAACUGCAUUAAAAGUCUGUCCAGUGUGAGUCAGACAAGUACCUCUUCUUUGGGAACAGACCUCAGAUGUAUCACAGGCUGACUCUUGCCCUGCAGGUGUCUGCUCCAGUGAGUGAUGCUGUCCCACACCCCAGUUCAGCUUAUUGGAGAGCAGCAGGCAGCUCCAGGCCUUGCAGAAGAAGUCCUGAGCUGCCCUGAAGAAAAGUCACCAUUCUGCCUUCUUUCAGAUGUCUUUCUCCUUGCUGUGGUAACAGCAGAGCCAAGAGAUUAAGCAGCAUUUUGCUGAUGGCCUGAGGUUUCCAGUCCACACACGUACCAGGUAUCAGCGUGCCAAAGCACAGUUCUGAACUGAGCAAGAGAUGCUGUCUCAAAAGCCUCCUGCAGCUGCCAGUUCUCUUAUGUAGAGAUCACGGAGAGACUGCUCAGGCCUUGCUUGACUUGUAUUAGUGAUUCUAAUCGUGUUAAUAGUUUGACGACUCUUUUCUUAUGUUGAAUCAGUAGCCUUCAGGCGGGCUCAGAAGGGCUGUGCUAUCUCCUUGGACUGUGCCAUCCUUGCUUCUAAGAAUGAUUUCCUGGCCCUGUUUCAGCUGAGCACAGCCAUCAGCCAGGCGUUCCUCACUAAUUCCCUACCCCUUCACCUCCACCCCUGGAUCACGGAUCAUCCUCCAGAGCUGAAAGGUGAAUCAGCACUUUCCCUUUCAUGCUCACCCCCACACCCCAUAAAGGGGUUCAAAGAGUUGCUGUUGUCCUUUUUGACUUCCAAAUAGAUUUUCAGCAUUCAAAGAAAGCCCUGCUGCUCCCAGAUUGCUUUCAGAGGUACCUCACAUUUUUAUUUUUUAUUAUUACUUAAUAGAGGGCAGAUUGAGCUACCUGAGCACUCAGACUUCCUCUGCACCAGUGACGAAUCAUGUUCUGAGGGCAGUGGGAAGCAGGAACACGGGUUGCUGCUUGUCCAGAAACUGGUUGUGCCAGGAAUCAAUUAACUGCUGGUGACUGUAGGCCCCGCUGGAACAGCAUGUUAAAGUCAUGGAGUCAUUCCUAAUCAAGUCUGUGAAUUAGCGGCUGUUCUCCGGGUCCAAACUUCAGGCAGUAUUCUUAGCUGUUGCAACAAAGUAGAAAAGUGACAAGAUGACAAAGGAAACAGACCAGAACAGCCAAGUGCAGCCUUGUCAUUCAUGCUCAGACCUCACAACAAAGUCCAACCUUUCCCUGGAACCCAGGUUUGUGUCUGGCCCUAUCUGUCAGUCUCCAGUCCCCCAGCUGGCAGCUUCUCUUCAGUGUAGCUUUUCUUCUUCACAUGCUUUGUCUGCUCCAGGAGCCACUGUCUCUCUUGGUCAGUGACAUCCAGCCUCAGCGUCACCUCUUGGAAAACACUGUUCACAGAAACCUGUAUCACACAGAAGAAACAGAGCUCCAUCCCAACCAUAGGACAAACACUGCUCACAUGAGGGGUAAAAGCUGGGCUGUCACUGCACCUCCUUAAAAUUUAGCUUCUUGAACAUGCAGAUACUGGCUUCAUUUUCCUGACCUAUCUUAGCCUCAAAUUUGGUGAUGCCUAGCUCUGUCACUCCUACAAAAGAAACCAGAAAGACAAAAGUUACUGUUACCUGCUUGGCUGCCAUAUCUACAAAGACACAGGGUUGCAACUUCUGAGGCAGAUGCUCCCCUUAAUACCCAGCAUACAUCACCAGGAAUAUGUGCUUCUAGAUCGCAUCACAACUUUACCCUUGCCUUGAGCCAUCCUUACCAUAGGACAUCAUCAUCAGAGUCGCCUCCUUGCCAAAUCCUCUGCCACGAUAGCUGGGUUCUGAAAGACAGAGCUGCAGAAGUCAGCAUCUUGUUACAUGAGACAAAGCAGCCAUACUGGAUGCUUUUCAGAAAAGACUGUGACCCAGACCAGCAAUGGAUGCCAUUCAGGGCUGAACAGUCAAGGUAAUGCAAUGAGAACAAAAAGCUGCAAUAACAUCUGUGAUUCUGUGAUCUGUCUACAGCUGCCUUUAGCCAAGGUGACAAAGACCCAAGACAGCAAGCAGACCCUUACCUGCUAUCAUUAUUUCAAUCUCACCCAAAGUUGGAUCCUCAGGGUCAGUGAGGAAGAUAUUCACAUCCCCCACCAUGCAGUCCUCAUCCCCACAUGCCUGCUCAGACCACCGCUCCGUGUCCAGUACGAUGAAGGUGCACUCUGGGGAGAAUAAAAGCACAACAUUUUUAGGGUAUGUUAAGAGUUACUUACACAGUACUGAAAGCUGAAAGUAACGGCACGCAGUGGACAAAGUGACAGCAGUUUCCACUUGUUAACAGGGAGGAAGUGGUAAUAAUGAACUUUCCAUGCCAAGCAUGCCUACAUCCAUCACUAGAAAUGGAAAUCACCAGAAAUCACUGUCUGCUUAUGCAGGCACUAAGACUAGAAACAAGCAUGAAAGGAGCACGGAAAUGUCUCACUGCUUUCUCUCUCUGCAGCAAGUCUGGGCAAAGGAGUGUUUGGUGCACAAGACAUCAAGACUUGGUGAUUCACCAGUCAGUCUUACUGCUGCUCUCAGCAAGGCUUUUAACGCCAGCUGAGACAAACGUUCCAGGCUGAGAUCUUUGCCAGCCUCGGUAUUUUGCUGCUCACCGUGCUUCUACAAGGCUUUUAUGGGCAGUGAUUCAUUACCUGUAAUACAGCCAGGGAACCAAUUCAGACAAUACAUCUCAACGAGGUAAUUACAAAGCCAUUCCAUUUCUCAAGGAAAAAUACAACUCCCUUCCAUGUUUUCAUGACAGUGAGAACUGGGGAGUGGUGACUGUGCAGCAGCUUAUCAGAUAACGCUGUGUAAAGUAAAUCAGUUAUCUCUGAAAAACCACACAAGAAGGACACCAACAGCCCUGGAUGUUCUCUAAUUCCCUGAGCAUAUAUUGGCUGCAAACAUGCUCUGGUCUCCCUAGAAAGUUACCACAGCUGUGUUCCCCUUGCUUUAAACUGCCAUCAUUCAGUCCAAAGACUGAAGAUGAAGGAACCCAGAGACCCACAAAGUACAGAAACUGUAAAGAUGAACAGAGUAAGCCAAUGUGCUGCAGGACUAAGGCAAAGCUGUGUGCUGAACAGAAAGCCAGCCUCACACCCGCUCUGGCUGCUAGCAAAGCCCGCUCACCAGGCACUCUCAGCCCACCGCGUGUCCUUUCCAGCACAGAAAGGGACCCUCUCAGCCCUUCCACCCGCCCUCACAAAACAUUUAAGACCCGCACUGUCUGCAUCGUCCCUCCAGCUGCGCUGCAUCUCGUACUCCUGCUCCAGGCUCAGUGGUUCCGAAGCGGUCAGGCGCUGCAGCUCCUCUGACUGCAUCCACUCGUGGUACCUGAAAAGAGGUCACUGGCUUCAUGCUGCUACUGCACUCGGAUUUCCACAAGUGCUCCAAGGAUCUGCCUGUCACCUAUCAGCGAGCUGUCCUAGAAAUGCCAGCCUGGCAUUCACAGCAGCUUAAAAGCAUCUGCAAACCCCUUUUUAAUACAGAACAAGAAUCGGUGCUCUUGGAAAUUCAGCAAUACCUGCUGAUCCUGCAGCUUUGUCUGGAGAGCACCAUAAUGCGAGCCAGAGCCAAGAGCACAGACCCAGCAGCGCCAGGUUCCACUGCACUUCGUACCGACUGCUUCCCUACAGCAUCACCGUACUGCCGACCACCCGACUAACGCUGCUCACUGCCCGCCCGCGCUCCUCCCUGCUCGCACAGCCCGGCGUUACGCGCUGCCGUCCUGCCGCUCUGUGGCCGGUGGGGAACGACAGCGGCAGAGCACGGAGCUGCGAGGGGCGCCGGCCGCACACACCGACAUUUCCCACCGCCCUGCUCCCACACGGAGGACGGCCGCGCUGCCGAGCCCGGCCCCGUCUGUGCGCCGUGCUAAAAGAGAACCGAAACCGGACAGCACAGAGCGGCAGAGGCCGGGAGCCGCGUACCGGGGCACGUGCGCCGAGCUGUACGGCACCAGCGUCACCUUGUCGCCCCGCAGCGCGGUGUUCUGGUUGAUCCUCAUGGCCCCGCUGCCGUCACCGGGCGGCCCGGGGAAGGGCAGCGCUCCGUGGAGCGCUAUGGAAGGCGGCUCGGCGGCAUGGGCUCGUAACGGACAGGGCCCGGCUCGUAGCAAUGCCCUCAGAGCCGCCUCCCUGCGAGCGCAGCGCCCUGUCGCUGCCGGGGGCACAGAACGGCAGAAGCCCUCCGCGCCGCACGGCCCGGGUGGUGCGGGGGGGGCGCUGUGGGCCGGGGGGCGCUGUGCCGACACGAACAACAGCUGACCACUACCGCACGCACGCGCACAAACUCCGCACAGUUCCCUGUCGCGGACGGUGACGUCGUCAUCUCCCCGUCCCCUCUGCGCGCACGUGACCUCACACCCCCAAUCGCAGGUUGAGGACAGCAGAAGUUGCAAACGCCGUCUUCGUUUCCUGCAGUUCUCCCAGCUGUCGUCACCAUGGCUGGGGGCAUCACAGAUACGGGGGAGCUCUACUCUCCGUAUGUUGGUCUGGUUUACAUGUUCAACCUCAUCGUCGGGACAGGAGCCCUAACCAUGCCAAAGGCAUUUGCAACAGCAGGGUGGCUCGUCAGCCUCGUUCUCCUGAUGUUCCUGGGCUUUAUGAGCUAUAUGACUACUACUUUCGUGGUUGAAGCCAUGGCUGCUGCAAAUGCCCAACUGCGAUGGAAGAGAAUGGAAAAACGCAAGGAGGAUGAUGAGGAUGAAGAUUCUUCCUCUGGAGUGUCUGACAGUGAUGUUCUCCUCCGAGACAGCUAUGAGCGAGCAGAGACACGACCUAUCCUGUCAGUUCAGAGACGCGGAUCACCAAAUAUCUUUGAAAUCACAGAAAGAGUGGAGAUGGGCCAGAUGGCUUCCAUGUUCUUCAAUAAAGUGGGUGUCAACCUCUUCUAUUUCUGCAUAAUUAUCUACCUCUAUGGGGACCUGGCAAUCUAUGCAGCGGCUGUACCGGUCUCCCUCAUGCAGGUGACCUGCAGUGCCAUUGGCAACCAUUCUUGCAAUGUUGGAGAUGGCACAAAGUAUAAUGAUACAGACAAGUGCUGGGGGCCAAUUCGAAGGAUUGAUGCUUACAGGCUGUAUCUGGCAGCAUUCACUCUUCUCUUGGGUCCUUUCACCUUCUUCAAUGUGCAGAAGACCAAGUAUCUUCAGAUCAUGACGUCUCUGAUGAGAUGGAUAGCUUUCAUCCUCAUGAUAAUUCUGGCCCUCAUUCGCAUCAGCAGAGGCCAAGCAGAAGGUCACCCGUCCAUGGCCCAGCUGUCGGGCAUCCGCAAUCUCUUUGGGGUGUGCGUCUACUCCUUCAUGUGCCAGCACUCCCUGCCAUCCCUCAUCACACCCAUCUCGAAGAAGAGGCACGUCAACAAGCUUGUGCUGCUCGAUUACAUCCUGAUCCUGGCUUUCUACAGCCUCCUGUCCUUCACUGCCAUUUACUGCUUUCGCAACGACACCCUCAUGGACAUGUACACGCUCAACUUCACCAACUGUGAGAUCAUCAACGUUGCCUUCAUUCGCUACUUCUUGGGCCUCUUCCCAGUCUUCACCAUCAGCACCAACUUCCCCAUCAUCGCAGUGACCCUGCGCAACAACUGGAAGACCCUUUUCCACAGAGAAGGGGGGACCUACCCCUGGCUGGUGGAUAGGAUUGUCUUUCCUGCCAUCACGCUGGUCCCCCCGGUGCUGGUGGCUUUCUGCACUCACGAUCUGGAGUCCUUGGUGGGGAUCACGGGAGCCUAUGCUGGGAAUGGGAUCCAGUACCUCAUCCCAGCUUUCCUGGCGUACUGCAGUCGGAAGGACACCCAGCUGGUCUUCGGCAGCGGGACGGUUAACAAGCACCUCUCCCCUUUCCGGCACACCUUCUGGAUAGUGUUCGUACUCAUAUGGGGCUUUUCUUGCUUUGUGUUUGUGACUGCAAACAUUGUCCUGAGUGAGUCUAAGUUGUGAUGUGGGGGUAAGUGUGGUGCUCCCUCUGGGGCUCCGGGGACUUCCACCCUCACCAGGACUUUGGGGAAAGAGGUGGUGUGAAGGGAAGCCUCCGGGCCAUUGGCGUGGUGCAGGUUGGUCCUGGACACAGACUUUCUUCACUCCAGAUUGAGUGCGGAUGGAGUGGGCUCAGCCUCGUCAUCCUGGUUCUCAGACCCACUAUCCAAGCAGCUUGCACGCCAAACCAGUGUCCAGCCAUUUCUGCCUUCAGCUCUGUUUGAGCAUCACUCUGUUCUUACACUGACUCUCUUCUGAUGCUGCAGGUUUCAGUACAGGGAGAGCAGACAGCCUUGGCUGCUCGCUACAGUCAUCAGCUCCAUGUUCUUUCUCCCCUGGGCAGGGACUUGCUGUGUGCAGAGUCCAGCAGGAGUUUGGGGGUGAGGAGUCUCUUCUGUCUGAUGAGACCCCUCCCAGCCAACCUCCUGUGCCAGUUCAGGGAGGAAUGGAGAGUCUGGUGUGGGGAUAGCCCUGGCUCUGAAGGCUCUGUGCUCUGUUACACUUGUGCUUUUGUUUUUUUUCAGAGACACUAACCUGUUUGUGCUCUGGGGAAGGAUUGCCUGCUUAUCAGAGCUGGAUUUCUCCAGGCCAGGAGUUCACUUUCACACUUCUCAUCCUUUGCUCUCCUUUGCUCUGACAGCCCCAACCCCACAGAGGAGUGCAAGGAUAUAGCUCUUCCUGCUGGGAAGGAGAGUGCUGCCUUGCUUCCCUUGCCUCCUGCAUGCUGCUCCGUGACUUCAGCUGGCAGGGCCCUUUUCCAUUUCGUACAGGGCUGGUGCGACAGGCCAGACCCCAGCUGCAGUGGUCAGGGUUUGUGUGGGCUGGGAAGGUGCUAAUUACCCAGUCCUGACACGUGUUAGGCCUGCAAGAGCUCUGGCUGUGCAGGCUGAUGCAUUUCCAGCCUCCUGUGCUGGGUAAUUAGCUUUGAAACAAGGUGGGUGUUAACUCAAGGGAAUGGGCUGGUGCCAACAGGAAGGGGCCGUGCCAUGGCUCAGCUGUGCGUGCCUCUGCAGGAGCUGAGCGCCCAGCGUUACAGGGGACAGAACAGACACUGGUCCUGAAUCUCCCUGCUCUGCACAGCUGUGAGGUGGCAUUCUGCUGGUCCUGAGCUGCCGACCUCCUGGGCGUUUCUCUGCAGGUGUUGUGCUGCCUGCUGCAUUAGCCAGCUGGUGCUGCAGGUCACAGUUGCUGCUUCUGAGGCUCCCGUUGGUCACCAACACUGCGCAGCGACAAACGGCGCUCGUUCCACCCUUCCUGGCCCCCAGGCACGGAUUGUAUGGGAGUUUAACAAAUGCAAGAACUUCAGGAGUUUUCACCUGAAAUAUUUCAAACCCUUUCUUCCCUGCCCUCGUUAGACAGGUUCAAAGCCAGGUGUGUGUCACUUCUGUUAGAUCCUCUUGCCCUCUGCACUUGCUGCAGUAUUAAGUGUUACUGUUAGCUAAAGCAAGCUUUGAACUGCAGCUCUUUUUAAUCAAGCUCCGUUUUCAAGUAGGACUUUCUCGUUUCCAUAUGACCUGAAGUGCUGCUCCUGGGGGACUGCACAAGUACCUGGAGCUGAAUAAAAACACUUGAUGGUUUCUAAAGCAAAGCCCUCCACCUCCAGCCUGAGCGCUGUGCAUGCGUCCGUGCCAGGCUGCUGGGGGAGGAUGUGAGGGGUCUGUUUCCUUCAGCUCCAUCCUGAGCAGGCACUGGCAGCCCUUGCUAGUGAAUUUAAACAUCCCCACAUCCCCGAGUGCUCCAGGGAAGCUGAUGUGGCAUCUUUGGUGCCAGAUGAGCAAGUUCCUUAGCAGGUGGCUGGUGUCUCAUUUAGGAGUAGCUGUGCAGUUUGGAGAGUAAAUUCAGCGGGCAGUUGAGCUGGGGGUGUUCUGUGAGGUGUGGGGCAGACAGCAGCUCCCCCCCCGCCUGCGUGGUGUGGUGGAUGGCAGGUGCUGUGCUGGGGCAUGCUGGGCCAUCCUGUCCUCAUGCAGCAGCUGUGUGCCGGGCAGAGCCAAAGGAGGAAUUUGAUGCUAAUGAAAGCAGCCUUCAGAAGGCUGGAAGGGCUGCAGGGGCUGCUCCUCUGUACGAGUGCACAGGUGUGGCUUUAUGGAGGAGGCCGAUGUAUUUCCUAUUGCACUGCCUGCCCUCAGCUAUCCCCCCCUUCUGCAAGGCACUCAGCUCAGCCUCAUCCCUUUCUUGUCUCCACAUUUCAUUGCCCGCCAGAGAAUGGGAAUGUCAUCCGUGACCGAUGUCACUUUGCCCCCAUGUGUCCUCCCUUCCCUGCCCAGGGCUGCCCUCCAACUGCCCAUGGGCUGCAGCUGCCCACCCCCUCCAGGUACAGCAUCCUCUGUUUCCCCUCCUGCCCCCUGGGGUAACCACUGCCUGUGCCAAAGCACAGCUGCUCCUGGGCCCCACUGUGAGCCCCACCUCUCCCAAGGACUGGGCUGUCUCGUUUGCUGGUCUCACACAUGAAGCUGUGCCUUCUCUUCCCUGGCCGUGGUGAGCUGCCCUCCCUGGGCACGCUGUGGGCAGGAGCUGCUGGGCCUGGGGGGGGCUGUGCUGUGGCACUCCAGACAAUUAGAAGAGCUGUGGUGCCCGAGGAGAGGGGGAGCUUUCAGACAUAAAUCAUCCCAAAUUCCUGGACACCCGCAGUCCUUGGGCAGCAGAAAACAAUCCUGGCUGAAGAAUUGGAGUGAUUAAGGGAAGGAAACUCCGUGGUGGUGAGAGCGUUUGUCAUACAAACACUACAUAGCAAUGCCUUAAAACUGAUGGGAGGGGAUGGGAAGGGGUGCUGAGCAGAGCGGGGUGCUGCGGGCUGUCAGCCCCUCCUCCCCGGGCUGUCACACGUCCCAUUAGCACAGGUCCUCACGUGGUGCUUGUUCUGAACGCAGUCAGUUCUCAAUAAAGGGAUUCAGACCAACAACCUGCACACGUCCGUCCUGCCUGCCCUGCAUUGCAUCCUGCAGGGACCGCGGGCGGAUGGGGCAGAGGGCCCUCAGUGCUGCUGCUCCAUCAGCUGCUGCCUGCGAGCUCCAUUAACGCAGCUGCACUUUCCUCUUCUCAAUUAUACCUCCUCACACUUAAAACCAAACAAAUUGAAUUGCUCCGCUGCCUCGGGCUGCAAAAGCAGUUUCUGCCAACAAAUUUAUUAUCGCCGUAAAGCGCAGCUUGAUUUAUGUUAAAAUAUUAAAGCAGAUCUUUAUGAUGGAAAUAAACACUUUUGCUGCGA